AUGCUUUCUCACCUCCUCCUCCCCCUCCUCUCCUCCACCCUCAUCUUCGCCUCAAGCAUAACCAUCUCCAACAAAUGCUCCUCCUCCCUCUACAUCGGCGUCGGCGGCCAAGGCGGGUCGAUCACCAAGACCGACGGGUCGGCGCAGGAUGCGGGGUGGGAGCAGCAGCCUGGAGAGUAUACGUUCAACUUGCCUGAUGGAUGGAACAACGGGCGGAUUUGGGCGAGGACGGGGUGCGAGAAGGAUGGGGAUGGUAUCAACUGCGUUAUUGGUGGGUGCAAGAACAACGCUAUCGCCUGCGAUGGUAUAGAGUAUGGCACAGCCGGUGCAACGCUCGCCGAAAUCAGUUUGAACCAAUACAUGGGCCAAGACUUUUACGACAUCUCCAUAGUCGAUGGCUACAACCUCCCCAUGACCAUAACCCCCUCCGACUCUUCCUGUACCCCGCCUUCAUGCGGUGCCGAUACCGACAUCUUGACGCAAUGCGAUCCCAGCCUGGUCUAUCCCAAGGGUAAUGACAAAAUCUAUAGUUGUAACAGUGCUUGUGGGAACAGUAUUGAAUUUCAGGAUAAGACGAGGGGGGCGUUGGUUAAUGCGGACCCUUUGAAUUCGCCAGUGUGUUGUCAGAAGAAUGGGGUUACGGUGGAUCACAAAGAUUGUCCUGAUACUUAUAUCCCAUUCUACAAGAAGAUGAAGAGCAUGUGCAAUGACGCUUAUGUCUACUCUGACGACGACAUGUACCAAGAUGCCGUCUUUGGGUGUGCUUUCGGUACAGACUAUACGGUCGUCUUUUGCCCGAACGGGGAUGGCGCUGGUCUCAACCCUCCGGAAAGCUCUUCCGCUGUCAGCCAGGAUACUGCUGCGGGUGAUAAUUCGGGUAAUUUGCAGGGCGGGGGGGAUACGAGUGAUAUUUGGUGA